GAUUCAAACCAAAAAGCAGCUUCGCGUUUUCUGCACGUUGGCGCUUCCCAUUGCUGCACGCUUCUUGUGGUGGUUUUGCUUAAGGAGGUUGCUUGCUUUCGUCUUUAACGGUGUGACAGACGCUACCUGAAGUCAUGGCUGAGCCGGUGGCUGCCAUGUGCGAUCAGCUUACAAAAGCUGUGCUUAUGAUGAUGGAUGCAGAAACAAGCCAAGUUGACCGAAUGGAGGCCCUAAAGUUCUGUGAAGACUUUAAAGAGUCCAGCACCCUUUGUGUCCCAUGUGGCCUUCGGUUAGCUGACAAAACCCACCCAGCUUUGGUGAGACACUUUGGUUUGCAAAUCCUGGAGCACGUCAUCAAGUAUCGGUGGAACAACAUGGAGCAACAAGAGAAAGUCCAGUUAAAAGAGUGUGCCAUGCAGCUGCUGUCUUCUGAUACCUGUUCUAUCAUGGAGGAAGAGAGACACAUCAAAGAUGGCCUAUCUCGAAUAAUCGUGGAAAUGAUCAAGAGAGAGUGGCCUCAGAAUUGGCCGGAUAUGCUGGAGGAGAUGGAGGCUCUUACCAGUCGGGGGGAGACGCAGACAGAACUGGUCAUGCUGAUCCUUUUGAGGCUGGCAGAGGAUGUCAUCACUUUCCAGACUUUGCCCAGUCAGCGGCGCAGGGACAUCCAGCAGACGCUCACUCAAAACAUGGAAAGAAUCUUCACUUUCCUGUUGACUAUUCUGCGUAUUCAAGUUGAGGAAUAUCGCAUAGUGAAAGUGGUGCCCGCGUGUGAACUGCAGGCCAAAGCUCACUGUCGCGUUGCCGUGGCGGUGCUCAACACACUCGCAGGCUACAUAGAUUGGGUGUCAUUGGUGCACAUCACCAGCGGAAACUGUAAGCUGCUGGAGAUGUUGUGCCUACUGCUGGUUGAACCAGAGCUGCAGCUGGAAGCUUCGGAGUGUCUGCUCAUCGCUUUGAGUCGGAAGGGCAAACUGGAGGAGAGGAAGCCCUUCAUGCUGCUGUUUCAUGACGUGGCCAUCCACUACAUUCUCUGUGCAGCCCAAACCGCAGAUGGACUCGUGAUAUGCUCGAAUUCCUCAGACCCACAAGCCGUGGAGAUGGCAGAGCGGCGUUACGUUUUCUUAAAGAGGCUCUGUCAAGUUUUGUGUGCGUUAGGAUUCCAGCUUUGCUCAUUAGUGGGCUCCAGUGUAGAGGUAGAAGUACCUGCAAACCUCGGCAAGUACUUAGAGGCCUUAUUUGCCUUCACUACACAUUCCAGUCAGCUUUUAAAAUCCUGCACCGUGUCGACAUGGGCGUCUUUGUUCAGACACGAGACUCUGUCAAAAGUUGCAGUUGUCAGGGAAGCGGCCAUCAAAUACCUGAAAGCAGCCAUGACCAACCUUGUGAAGACUGGCUUCCCGUCGAGAAAUGACAGCCCUAGUUGUGAGUACUCCCGUAUCGACUUCGACAACGACCAAGACUUCAACUUUUUCUUCUCCACAUAUCGAUCACAGCAGGGAGACAUUGUGAGGUGUGUGAGUCGUAUCGUUCCACUAGAGGGUUUUCAGAUGGCAGCAGAAUGGUUACUAUAUCAGAUCGCCAGCCCGAUCAAUCCUGGAGACACCAUGUCUAAGACUGUAGAGGGCUUGUGCUCCAUACUGUCCCCAUCAGUGAUCCAGUGGGACGCUGCAACAGUCUUAAUGGAGUGCGUGUCAUCCCAGAUCAUGAAAAGUUUGGAGGAAGAGAAGUUGCCGAUCGAUCAGAGCAUGGAGCUGCUGCAGGCCGUGCUGAACUACGACACCAGAGAUCCGCUCAUCCUGUCCUGUGUCCUCAGCAACAUCUCUGCUCUCUUUCCAUUCGUAAUCCACAGACCACAGUUCCUUCCUCAGGUCCUUUCCAAGCUCUUUAAAGCCAUUACAUUUGAACUUGGUCCGGAAAGCAAGACAACUUGGACUCGAUCGGUGAAGAGCGUGAGGAGACACGCCUGCUCCUCGGUCAUAAAGAUAUGCCGAGACUACCCACAGUUUAUUUUGCCUUGCUUUGAAAUGUUUUACAACGAUGUAAAAGAGCUGUUUUCCAGCAACACGAUGCUGACCUACAUGGAGAAAGGCUCUCUGAUAGAAUCUCUGGUGCUCAUCAGUAACCAGUUUAAAAACUUUGAAAAGCAGAAGGCUUUUCUGGAUGAGCUGAUGGCCUCGGUGGUCGCAGAGUGGACCUCAGAGGAGAUGAGAAGUGUGAUUUGGGACCCCAUUAAGUUCCUGUCCUUUGUUGGAGCUGAUCAGGCGGUGGCUGGGAAUGUUGAAGAUACAGCAGGUCCAAACCGGAGUCGAUUGAGCUUCUGCUUGUUUGCCAUGCUGGCUGUGGUGAAGCGUGCACAUUGGCCUUCAGAUCUGGAAGAAGCCAAGGCUGGGGGCUUUGUGAGGGGCUACACUCCCGCUGGAGCCCCCAUCUACAGAAACCCCUGUGCUGAGCAGUUCCUGGCCUUUCUGCCUAACCUGCUAGCUCUGAUCAGGACUCAAAAUGCUUUACUCAUACCAGAAAACGUGGCUCAUCUCAGUGAGACCUUCUCCAGAGUUUUUGAAUUGAUGGACGGAGAGAAGAACGUCAUUCUCGGUCUCCCUCAGCAUCCUCUGGAUUUUUACGAUGCUCCCGUAUAUAAAAGCAGCCUGGAGCGCAUGCAGAGAUUUUUCUUCUCAUUAUAUGACAACUGCUUCCAUGUCCUGGGUGCAGCUGGCCCAGGCCUGCAGCAGGACUUCUACACUGUGGAGAAACUGGCUGAAGGACUAACGGACUCUGCGUUUUCAUCCCUCGAUCACGUCCCCGACCACAGACUUCGCCCAGUGCUUCGGCUGUUUGUGAAGCCACUGGCGCUCUCCUGUCCUCCAGAGUACUAUGAGAGUCUACUACGCCCCCUGCUGGGCCCUCUGUUCACUUACAUGCUUCAGAGACUUAACACCAAGUGGCAGGUCAUCAACCAGAGGAUGCCCGUAAACGGUGAGGAUGAGGAGCAGGAGCCCUGUCAGGACAUCGAGGUGACUCAGGAGAUGUUGGAGGAGGAGCUUGUGCGCCUGAUCACCAGGGAGGUUAUGGACCUUCUAACUGUCAGCUGCACUUCCAAAAAAGUGUCAGAACCUGCAUCAAAUAAAGAAGAAGUUGAUGAGGAAGACAUGAUAACUGACUCGGUGCAGGUGGCGUCUUCUCCGCCCAUGGAUGAGCUGACUGAGCUCGGAAAGUGUCUGAUGAAGCACGAGAACAUCUAUUUGUCUCUCUUGACGCUUGCUUUCACAUCCCUGUCGUGGAACGAUGCUACUAACUGCCAUCGCACCGCUUCAAUGGUGUGCUGGACCCUUCUGCGACAGGUCGUAUCUGGUAAUCUUCUCGCUGAAGCAGUCGCGUGGUUCUUUACCUGCGUUCUCAGAGGCCUUCACGUUCACGGGCAGCACGAAGUCUGCAACUCGGCCCUCUCUAAUCUGGCCUUUCAAAUCUACGAAAGCCUGCGGCCUCGCUACUUGGAGCUGAAAGGAGUGAUGACUCAAAUACCAAAUAUCAGCAAGGAGGCUCUGGACCAGUAUGAUAAAAGGCUGCUGAACCCCAGUGUCCACAAGGCGGGAGAGAAGAAGAGAAAAGACCAGUUCAAGAAGCUGAUUGCUGGAACUGUUGGGAAAGCUCUGUGCCAGCAGUUCAGGAAGGAGGUUCAUAUCCGCAACCUUCCGUCGCUCUUCAAAAGCCCCAAACCAGACGUGGAUAUAGUGGCGACGGAGCCGCUGGGCCUCUCUGCUCUCUUCACCCCUGAGGAUAAUGCGCUGUAGGAACUAGCGGUGGAACAAAUGUUCCCUCGCCACCCUCCUGUUUGUUCAAACUCAUCUCUAAAAGCCAUGUGACCCAGCGGUAUCGCACUCUGAGUAACUUGUGCGUUAUUAUAUUAUUUCCAUUCCCAUCGACCUGUAAAUUAAAAUUAGAAGGGGUGAAAAAGUAUUAUCUGUCAGGUUGUGCUGAAAGAACAUCUCCAAAACUGAUCAAGCAUUCUUUCAGUGGUUCUUGAAACCAUUUUUUUCAUAAUUAUUUCUCAGGCUUUUUGACUUUUAAUGGGAUAUAACUACACUUGCACAGUAAGCAUGCCACAGAAUUCAGGAAUACAACUUUGAGCUGAUUUUAAGAGAAGUAAUUGGCAUCAAAUGUCUGUGUAGGAGUUAGCUGCAGAAGAGGACUGUUACGGCCGUGUGAGGGGAACGGGAGUACGGCUCUGUAUGGGAGCUGGAUGCAUUUUAUGCACAAAAGUAAGAACGAUAGGUAAAAUAAUUUAAACGGUUUACGUUGGCUUAUAUGUUGUGUGACCAAGCUAUUGCUGCUGCAUCCGUAGGACGAAACAAAGAGUCCUGAUGCGCUGUUCUUUUAGUUUGCCUCUGUUUUUUUAUGAGGGAGUAACCAAGCAACCCUGGAUAAACUACAGGAUUGUGUUUUAGUGAAUGGUAGAUGCAGGAAUUUAUCACUGGAGCAGCUGUUUUGCAGAUAUUACCAGGUAGUUAAGCUAAUUUUGGUUUGCAGUUUUUCGUCUGGUCACAUCAGAACAACCUACGCCGCCUCAGAACUCUUUAGGUUUGCAUAGGAGAUAAAAAUAAAUGAAUUAAACGGCACAUUGAUCUUUGAUAUAACAGCCAAAUUUUGUGCCAAAAUACACGAACAGACCCUCUUCUGGAUGUCUCGCUUAUAAAAGUGUAUACAGUUUUCAAGAAUGGACUUAGCGAAUAAUGUGUAGCUUAAUCCAAGUUGUUUUGUAGUUUCACAUUUCAGAGGUUUGGUGUUUGCUUUAAACCUCUUUUUAAUUCAGUGUCUACAUUCUGACUGUUUUACUGAAUCCGAGUUACCACCACACUAUCACAAAAAACAAAGUAAAGCUUUUUUUUUAUUUAUCUCACAUCUGUUGAUUUGUAUUUUUGUGAACAUUGCUGUUUUUCUCAUUAAAAAAAACUUUGUACUCUAAAACUUUGUAAAAAUGAUUAAAAAACUUUUAGUGUUUUGUGGUUAAUACA